AUGGAUAGUGAUUUUCAAAGCAAAUCAUUAGAAAAAAGUGACAAGGAAGCAUUAUUUGGAGAAAGUGAUGAUCUAAGAGUAGGGAUGGAGGUUAGUGAUGAAUCUGAAGCUUACCAGCUCUGCAACACCUAUGCCUUUAACAAAGGUUUUAGUAUUCGCAAGGGGCAUCUUCGAAGAGAUUCGCAAAAUAAAGUCCGGCAACGAGAAUUUUUGUGCUCAAAGGAAGGAUUUCAAGUAGAUGAAGACUUAUGUGAAGCGAAGAAAGUGAGAAGGCUAGAUACAAGAACAGGUUGCAAGGCUGUAAUUCGAUUCACCGUGGAAAAUGGUAUGUGGAAGCUCUCCUACAUCAAUCCAGUUCAUAAUCACGAGUUUGCUAAGCCUGAAGAGCGACAAUUUCUAAGAUCAGGUCGAAAUAUACCAAGUGUUCGUGCAAAUAUCCUUGGCUCUAAGAGUGAUGGGAGUAUAAGACCAGCAAAAUCACAUUCAUACUUGGGAAAAGAGUUUGGCAGUGAUGAGAAUGAUGGAUCUACUAAUAAAGAUUUACCUAAUUGUUUGCAAAGGAGUAAGGAUGAAAUGAUAGAACAGAAUGGACAAAGCUUGAUAAAUUAUUUUAAGCAUAAACAGAUGGAGGAUCCAAAUUUUUUCUACAGUGUUCAAGUGGAUCAAUUUAGUCGAAUCACAAAUUAUUUCUGGAGAGAUGGUAGAUCAAAGUUGGAUUAUGAUUGCUUUGGAGACAUUCCAAAAACCAUUUUCACGGAUGAGGAUAAAGCAAUGGAAAAGGCAAAGGCAAUUGAGACUGUGUUCCCAGAGACACGGCAUCGGUUAUGCAAUUGGCAGAUCUCCAAGAAUGCUACACAACAUCUGGCUAGUCAUUGUGCUGAUCCUGAAUUCAAGAAGCACUUCAACAAAUGCGUUCUUGAUUGUUUUACUGAAGUAGAAUUUCAAAAUUCCUGGGAUGACAUGAUUAAAAUGUUCAACCUUGAAAGCAAUUCGUGGCUGAAGAUGUUGUAUUCAUUUCGAGAGAAAUGGUGUCCUGCAUUUAGCCUAGAUACUUUCUCAGCAAAUAUUGGAUCAAGCCAGAGGGGUGAGAACACAAACACUAUUUUCCAUCAAGUUUCUAGAAAAACAGUGGAUCUCGUUUGUUUUGUACAGCAUUAUGAGCAAAAAACAAAAAAGAUGCGAUUCACAGAGUUGGAAGAGGAUUUUCGUUGUAAAAAUGCUAUGCCUCAUCUUAGAGUAAAUAGUGGUAUCUUUAAGCAUGCAGCUACUGAGUACACUGUCAAAAUGUAUUCAUUCUUUGAAAAUGAGCUUAUGAGUAUUUUUGGGGUGAGGAUGGUAGAAGUUGGUAACGAUGGCAAUCAAUAUAUUUAUGAAGCAAUUGAAGAAGGUCUUCAAAGAGUCUACAUGAUUCAAUACAACUCUACUACGUCCAUGAUUUCUUGUUCAUGUAAGUUAUUUGAAUCCAUGGGGUUGUUGUGCCGUCAUGCCCUAAAAGUACUGGAUUUUAAAAACUAUACAAGCAUACCGACACAAUACAUAGUGAAGAGAUGGACUAAAGGGGCAAAGAAAGGGAUUGUGGUGAGUAAUGAGUUCUGUAAGUCAUCAUAUAGAAAGGCCAAGUCUGCCCAAUCGCUGCGCCUAAGUGAGUUGAUGCAUGAAGGAAAUAAUGUUUUCAGUAUAGGCUCAUUGUGUGAUUCAGGAACGAGGAUUGUCAGACAAAAGUUAGCGGAGACCAUAAAGUUACUGGAAAGUGACGAGGAAACUACCAACAUGCUGGGAAGUUUGAGCAAAGUAGACGACCAAUCUGUUUGUGAUGUGCUUCUUGAUAAUGGAAGUGUGGAAUCCCCCAGUUGUGAUGGCUAA